ACGGGAAAGGGUUUUCCGCGAUCGGCACCAUCCGCUCGACGUUUACGAUGAUCAGCAAAUGUUCAAGUUGUAUAGAUUUACAAGGCAGGGGUGUCUGCACAUCAUAGAUAUGAUAAGUGAUAGGCUGGAGCACAGAACGAGGAGGAAUCGUGCACUUUCCCCAUCCCUGCAAGUUUUUUUAAGUCUACGAUAUUACGCGACAGGUAGUGUCAUGGAUGACACACGGUGCAUCCAUGGGGUGCACCUGAGUACAGCAUCGCGAACCAUUCGGAGAGUAACCCUAGCCCUAUGUGAACUGAAAGAUGAGGUUAUCAAGUUCCCUGAAACUCUGGAGAAAGUGAGAGACACCCAAGUUUCCUUUUUUGAGGUUGCAGGAUUUCCGAAUAUUGUUGGGGCGAUCGAUGGAACUCAUGUUAAUCUCCACGGAGCACCUCUAGGAGAAGAGGAGUACAUCUAUGUCAAUAGAAAAGGAAGGCAUUCAAUAAAUGUUCAGUUGAUUUGCAAUACCCAAUACAAGAUCACGAAUGUUGUCGCCAGGUGGCCUGGUAGCACCCAUGACAGUAGGAUAUUGAGGAACAGUGCAAUUGGACAGCGAUUCGCUAAUGGUGAACUUCAGGGAAUCUUGUUGGGGGAUUCAGGUUAUCGUUUGGAAAGAUGGCUCAUGACACCUGUGAGAGAUCCACACACAGAAGCUGAAAGGAGAUACAACAGAGCUCAUUGCCGAACCCGGGUCGUCAUCGAGAUGGUCAACGGCCAGUUAAAGAAUAAACUAAGAUGCCUCAUUGCGUCUGGCCUCCAACUAUCCCCUGAAAGAGCAUGUGAUGUAAUAGUUGCAUGUUGCGUUCUGCACAAUGUAAGCAAGGAUCUCAGGGAGCCAAAUUACCAUGAAGGAGGGGAAGAAGAUGUUGAAUUACCACCCAUUGACCAAGCUUAUGAUCCUGUAGGAGAAGGAGCAGCUACUAGGAGAGACAUUAUCGAUACUUAUUUCACCUAGAGUUCACUUUUCUAUUCUGGAAUUGAGGUGUCACUAUUGCAUAUAUUCAUAUUAGAAUACCAAUAUUUACCCUUUAUGCUGAGUGCAAUAUAUUAGAUCCUUUAUAAUCCAAUUUUCAAAGAUUUGGAAUAGCAAUUGAAAUAAACAUCCAAACCUACAAAAUUUUACAGAUCAAAGUUUGCAACAGUGAUGGAAAUUUAGAAUAGAAAUUCCAGCCAAUCUUGAGCCUCCCUCUAGAAGCAAAUGCAUUAAAAAAGAGAAUGACAUUGUUGGCUGCAAUUAUUUUGACUUUACACUGACCAUUUUGCAGUAUAAUGAAUUUAGUAUUAUUGGCAUUAUACUGAACUUCAAAUAUUUUUUUUGGAAUAUUUGAAAUUAUUUUUUUUUAAUGCUGGGAACUUUCAUAUGCAAUAUAAAACACAAUUUGAUCUAAAAUGUCCUCAUGACUGGAUAAAUGUGGAGUCUUUUAAUUUGUCCCAAAAGUUCGAGGAAGGAAAAAUGGUAGUAAUGAAUAUAUUAAUUUCCCAUCAGGAACAGUAAUUGACUGAUCCAACCAACAUGACUAAUUUUGCUUGUUUCCUCAGUUGUGUUGCCGAAAUGGUUAUUAGUGGUGUCAGUAUGGACUAUGGCAUGUCAUCAAUGAUCAGAUGCGAAGCACUUUUUUCUUCUAUCAAUAAAAAGUUCAUUCAUCUGAAUGGUGGUUCUGUAUUGCUUAUCAUCUAAAAAAUGCUUUUGAGAUGGAUCAGAGUAUGAGAUGGAUCAGAAUACGAGAUGAAUCAUACAGUACUAGCAUUACAGAGUAACCCUAUGACAUCAUAAAAAUUCCCUUGUAGCAUUUCAUUGUU